AUGGCUCUGGUGGCGAACGAAGAAUUUCAGCACAUUCUGCGUAUUCAGAACACCAACGUCGAUGGCAAACAGAAGGUGAUGUUUGCUUUGACUUCGAUCAAGGGUAUUGGUCGCCGUUUUGCUAACAUUGUCUGCAAAAAGGCUGAUGUCGACAUGAACAAAAGAGCUGGUGAGCUUUCUGCUGCUGAAAUUGACCAGUUGAUGACCAUAGUUGCCAACCCUCGCCAGUUUAAGAUCCCAGACUGGUUCCUUAACAGGCAGAAGGAUUACAAGGAUGGCAAGUACUCUCAGGUUGUGUCCAAUGCUUUGGACAUGAAGCUGAGGGAUGACCUUGAGCGUUUGAAGAAGAUCAGGAAUCACCGUGGUCUCCGACAUUACUGGGGUCUCCGUGUUCGUGGUCAGCACACCAAGACUACCGGACGAAGGGGAAAGACUGUUGGUGUCUCCAAGAAGCGUUAA